GGAGCAAUGGCACUGUCACAGGUUCAGUGCCUCGAUGACAAUCACAUCAAUGUGCGAACUAACGAAUCCAAACCGGACUUCUUCUACAGCGAAGAGCAGAGACUCGCGAUUGAGAGACUGAUACAAAAGGGACGUGAUGCUUUUGAGGAUUACAUCAAAACCAAAAACUUGAGAUGCUUCUUAUCGGACCUUGAACUCGAGAGGAUUCUCAACACUGUGGAAGUGUACAGCCCGGGUUCCUGUGAUAACCCUGAGGAACUUCAUGGCGAGAGUGAUGGAGAUAAGUUUUCUCUCCAGUACUGGCCUGAGCGCUCGGAUUACUCCAUCCCACAGCUGGAUAUCGGAUGGCCGGACCCGGCGUCUUACCGAGGAGUGACCCGUGUUCACGUGUACACUCAACCACCUUAUGAGGGUCAAUCACACAUAAAAGAGGUGGUGAGGAAAAUGAUUGGCCAAGCCCAGAAAGUUGUUGCAAUUGUCAUGGACCUGUUCACAGAUAUUGACAUCUUUAAAGAUGUCCUGGAUGCAAGUUACAGACGGAAAGUUGCUGUGUAUAUUAUACUGGAGAGAACCGGAGUGACUCACUUCAUGAGAAUGUGUGACAAAGCAGGCAUGCACACAGGGCACCUCAAGAAUUUGAGAGUACGCAGCAUCAGAGGAGCCGAAUUCUUCAGCCGAUCUUCAAAGAAAGUGUGUGGAAGUCAAAGCCAGAAGUUCAUGUUCAUUGAUGGAGACAAAGCAGUCUCAGGCUCAUAUAGUUUUACAUGGUCUGCCUCUAGACUGGACAGAAACCUCAUCACUGUGCUGACCGGCCAUACGGUCGACAUAUUUGACAGAUUGUUUCAGGAUAUGUAUUUGCUUUCUAAUGGGGUGUGCCUGAGCGAGAUCAAUCUGGGCAGUGAGCCCGAGCGUCUCCCUCAAGCAGUACCCACUGUAUUCCCCACAGCAAAUACUGCACAUAAACUCAUUAACCCAAAAUACAGUCUGGUAUCCAACUGCACUUUCACUACCAAUGGACCUGUGCCCAACCAGACAUGUGCCAAAAACACCAAUCAAAAGGAAGCGAUUAAACAAAUUAGAGAUGCUCCAGUGCUACCUGCGCUUCACCCGGGGCUGCUCAACCUGGAGAAAGCAAACAUGAUCAAUUACGUGCCGACCUGGCCAGAUCCUGAACCGCCAAGGGAUGUCAUUGGUUUCAUUAACAUAAGGGACAACAACAAGCCGCUGCCAGCUCAUCUGAUGCGUUCAGAACUCUUUGAAGUCUCUCAAGCCAUUCGAUUUAAGGAUACUUUGUGUAAGCCAAGAGAGCCUUUAUCUGUGAGGGCUUGUUCCAUAUCACAAAUUGGCUCUGCGCAUGAAGAUCCAGCUCAGACAUGUACAGAAGCGCAGAAAAAUUUAGAGGAAGCACAGAAGCAUGCUGAAUAUUUUGAUCAAAAUCAGCAACAGGAGAGCCAGACCAAGGAUCUUAAUUUGCUUCUACAAUCUCCACAGCCUAAAACGAUGCAUGUGCUUACUGAUCACAUAGAAGAUAAAGGAGCACCAGAUGUGAUGAAAAAAGAGCAGGACUCUUUGCAGAACCAAAACAUUUAUACUGAUAAAGACUUGCCAGAUUCAACUUCUUGCUCGGAUACAAAGCAAACCACGAAUGCCCCACAAAUACUGCAAUGUCCUAUUCAAACCCCAAAUAAUCUUGAUUUCAAAUCACCGUCAGCAGGGUCUGACUCACUUGAUAACCCAGGAAGUGUUUCUGUUGAAGGCUUCAGUGAAGUCUUAACUGAUGGUGCCAUUCAGGACCACGUAGAUACAAAACCAGUGUUGGUACUGGAUGAGACACAACAGAACUUUUAUGAUAGACAGAUUUCUAAAUCUGACUCUAACAUCUCUUCCUUGUCUGAUUAUUAUGAUUGCAUUAGCCCUGUUGCUGAUUUAAGGUUUGAAAGUGAGGCCUUUGUACUGGAAAAAACAUCAGACCUGCAAUCUUUGCAUAAUCAGAUCAAAAACAUUCAUAAAGAACAGGAAUUUUCUUGUUUAAAUUCGGACACAAUUUACGAUUCUGAAGAAAAUAAACAAACCUGGUUUACUCCUGAAUCUUUGAAGACAUCUUUCAGUAAUGUAUACAAUUCAGUGUCGUAUACAAACCCAUCAGCAGCAUCAACCACACAACCUGCACCUUUAAAGGAGAGUUUAAAUGACAAAGAGGAAUACUACGAGUGCAGUGAUACAGUGGGCUUUAAAUUUGACGGUAUGGUAAAUUCGAUGGAACCUAGCUCACAGGAAAUGACCACACAGGAAGCUGAUACUGAACACUGCAACAUUGAGUCAACCUGUCAGAACAUGAAAGAAAUUGAUGAACGUAAAGUGCAGUCUGGAUCAGAAAAACAGUCUGUAAUAGAGGCGAUUUCUGGCAUUGAAGAUGAUGCUCAGCCUCAGUUGGAUGAAAACAUUAACAGACAGCAAAUACAAGAGUCUGAAGUAAUAUUACGGUCAGCAGUAGAGAAUGAGUUGAUUUGUAACUUUUUGCCAGAAUGUAGACCUGAGAAGAUAUUACAGAUACAGCCCAAGAAAUUGAAAACUGAAAAACCACCGAUACUGGACUCUGAGACUGAGUCAAGUCAAGAUUUAAUAUGUGAGGAACAGUCUGUACAAUUAACUGAGAAAACUGACAAACCACCAAAACUGGACUCUGAGCGUAAGUUAAGUCUAGAUUUAAUAUGUGAAGAACAGUCUGUACAGUUAACUGAGAAAACUGACAAACCACCAAAACUGGACUCUGAGCGUAAGUUAAGUCUAGAUUUAAUAUGUGAGGAACAGUCUGUACAGUUAACUGAGAAAACUGACAAACCACCAAAACUGGACUCUGAGCGUAAGUUAAGUCUAGAUUUAAUAUGUGAAGAACAGUCUGUACAGUUAACUGAGAAAACUGACAAACCACCAAAACUGGACUCUGAGCGUAAGUUAAGUCUAGAUUUAAUAUGUGAAGAACAGUCUGUACAGUUAACUGAGAAAACUGACAAACCACCAAAACUGGACUCUGAGCGUAAGUUAAGUCUAGAUUUAAUAUGUGAAGAACAGUCUGUACAGUUAACUGAGAAAACUGACAAACCGCCAAAACUGGACACUGAGAUUGAGUCAAGUCUAGAUUUAAUAUGCGAGGAACAGUCUGUACAAUUAACUGAGAAAACUGACAAACCACCAACACUGGACUCUGAGCCUAAGUUAAGUCUAGAUUUAAUAUGUGAGGAACAGUCUGUACAGUUAACUGAGAAAACUGACAAACCACCAACACUGGACUCUGACAUUGAGUCAAGUCUAGAUUUAAUAUGCGAGGAACAAUCUGUACAAUUAACUGAGAAAACUGACAAACCACCAAAACUGGACUCUGAGCCUAAGUUAAGUCUAGAUUUAAUAUGCGAGGAACAGUCUGUACAGUUAACUGAGAAAACUGACAAACCACCAACACUGGACUCUGAGAUUGAGCCAAGUCUAGAUUUAAUAUGCGAAGAACAAUCGGUACAAUUAACUGAGAAAACUGACAAACCACCAAAACUGGACUCUGAGCCUAAGUUAAGUCUAGAUUUAAUAUGCGAAGAACACUCUGUACAGUUAACUGAGAAAACUGACAAACCACCAGAACUGGACUCUGAGAUUGAGUCAAGUCUAGAUUUAAUAUGCGAGGAACAAUCGGUACAAUUAGCUGAGAAAACUGACAAACCACCAAAACUAGACUCUGAGCCUAAGUUAAGUCUAGAUUUAAUAUGUGAUGAACAGUCUGUACAAUUAGCUGAUAAAACUGACAAACCACCUAAACUGGACUCUGAGAUUGAGUCAAGUCUAGAUUUAAUAUGCGAGGAACAAUCUGUACAGUUAACUGAGAAAACUAACAAACCGCCAACACUGGAGACUGAGCCUAAGUUAAGUCUAGAUUUGCUAUGUGAGGAACUGUCUGUACAGUUAGAUGAGAAAACUGACAAACCGCCAAAACUGGACUCUGAGCCUAAGUUAAGUCUAGAUUUAAUAUGCGUAGAACACUCUGUACAGUUAACUGAGAAAACUGACAAACCACCUAAACUGGACUCUGAGCCUAAGUCAAGUCUAGAUUUAAUAUGCGAGGAACAAUCUGUACAAUUAGCUGAAAAAACUGAUAAACCGCCAGAACUGGACUCUGAGCCUAAGUCAAGUCUAGAUUUAAUUUGCGAGGAACAACCUGUACAAUUAGCUGAAAAAACUGACAAACCGCCAAAACUGGACUCUGAGCCUAAGUUAAGUCUAGAUUUAAUAUGCGUAGAACAGUCUGUACAGUUAACUGAGAAAACUGACAAACCACCUAAACUGGACUCUGAGCCUAAGUCAAGUCUAGAUUUAAUAUGCGAGGAACAAUCUGUACAAUUAGCUGAAAAAAAUGAUAAACCGCCAGAACUGGACUCUGAGCCUAAGUUAAGUCUAGAUUUAAUAUGUGAUGAACAGUCUGUACAGUUAACCGAGAAAACGGACAAACCACCAACACUGGACUCUGAGCCUAAGUUAAGUCUAGAUUUAAUAUGCGAGGAACAGUCUGUACAAUUAGCUGAAAACACUGACAAACCGCCAAAACUGGACUCUGAGAUUGAGUCAAAUCUAGAUUUAAUAUGCGAGGAACAGUCUGUACAGUUAAUUGAGAAAACUGACAAACCACCAAAACUGGACUGUGAUCCUAAGUCAAGUCUUGAGUUAAUAUGCGAGGAACACUCUGUACAGUUAAUUGAGAAAACUGACAAACCACCAAAACUGGACUCUGAGCCUAAGUUAAGUCUAGAUUUAAUAUGCGAGGAACACUCUGUAAAGGUAGCUAAGGUAGUGGCAGUCCUAAACUCGUCUGAGUUAAAUCUAGAUUCAGGUCUAGAUGUGUCUUUAAUAUGUGGUUCAAUUUUCAAACAUUCAGAAGUAAAUGGCUACAAAUCACAGUCAGCAGCAGGCAGUAUAUCUGAUAGGGUCUCAUCAGUGCCUGACAAAGUAGCUGUAACUCCUGUAAUACUAGAGAAAGCAUCUGUGACAGUGUCCACAGGGCUGCAUAAGACUGACGAACUACAAAACUUACUGGCUGAUCUAGAUUUUGCAAAUUCCAAACUGGAAUUUGCAGUACAUGUCAAAGAAUUAAAGUUACAGAACGAUAAGGACAAUCAAACAGUGUUGCAGAAGGACUCUGAGAGGCACAGCGCAAAACUGCCAGAAGAUUUUGAAAAAGUCGAGCUGUUGAUUCUAGAGGAUUCUGACCUCGAAGAAAAAAAGCCAAACCGUUCUUAUCCCAGAAGAACAAAAGCCGCAGUGAGCACAGAAAACAAACCAUGCAAAACAGCACCUUCAAGACUAAGGAUAGUUAAUGUUAGAAAGCCGAUAGAGGAUCAUUACAGUAAACGUGGAAAGCAAACAUGUCAUUUGACAUCACAGGUUAAAGAGAAACAAGAAGGGGAGCGUGUUUCUACAACUCAAGUGAUAAAGACCCUGCCAGGGGCAAAACCAAAGCUGGAUUGUCAGGUUAGGGAGCAACCACAUCAAGCAUCGAAAAUAAUUCCCAACGUAAAAGCAGCAAGAGGAGAGUUCUCUACAUUACCCAUCACCAAACCACACAGUGUUAAUCGCUCACAGAGGCCUCAAACUGGAACACAUAGAUACCCGCCUGGACCACCAUUACAUAACCCCUGUGUUACUGCCUCGUCAUGUCCUGAAAACCUGGCAACAGGAGAAGCUGUAGCUUUUGGGUCAAUGCAGUUAGAGCAGAGUCAGCAUUGGAAAGUCCGCUCUUCAAGCUGUCCUACCUCAUCCCCACAACAGCCUUAUGUCCAACUGAAUGGGCCUAAGACCAGACAAUCUUGCCAACCAGUCCUCAGGAAACAUCCUGCAUCCACCAUAAUAUACAGUUCACCUGGGAUGCCAAAUCUAAGACAAACGAAGAACUUGAAGCAGACAUUUAAAGAGACUCAUACGAGCAAAAAAGAAUAAAGAUAGAGUUUCCAGGUGUAAUAUUCAUUUUAUAAAUGUUAUGGUGUGCAAUAGAAAACAAAAUGCUAAGAGAACUAACUGUUUUAUUUUAGUAUUAAUUUAUGGUAUUGGACUGACAGUUUUAUGUGUUUUUUAAUUAUAUCUUGCCAAUGGCAGAAUUUCACUCUUGUGUAAUGCGGUAAAUGUUUUUCAGGGAGCAUGUUCUUUCUUAUUCAGCAAAACAUUAUAUGUUUGUGUCUGUAAUGUACAUCAAAAGUCUUGAUCACUUUAUCUCAAACCCAACCUGAGAACAUUUGUAAUUGUUUUUGAUCAUUGUGUGUUCCAGCCAGUUUAUCAUGUACUUCACAUUUACACUGUUACAGUAUUGACUGCCACAGAAAUAAUGGGAGGAACUCCAUUUUCCAGAAAUAAACUCAUUGCAUUUACUAGUCUUUAUUUAUCUUAUUCUCUUUAAGGUUUCAGUAACUAUUUGGGAACACUAGCUGCCUGCUUAAGAUUGUAACUGGGUAAAACUAAAUCUCAAACAAGAAUAAACUUUAUCUAACUAAGCGGAUGUUUUAAAACGCACACCCUUUUAUUUUUUUGUUAGACAAAACCAGAUGAAAAUAGGCUAAUAUACCUUUGACCACUUAAAAGCCAUUGCUUUUUACCAGCAUCAAUGCAAGUAAUUUAUGCACACCGUAAACAUAAGCAUAUUUUUCAACACUGGCUUAGAAACAAAGUCCUGUCUAUCCUAAAAUCUAGCCAGAUUUGAUGAAGGGAUGGAUUAUUAAGGAAUAAUUCAGGUCCUGAUCACACAGCCAGGGUUUAUUUUGCGAUGACAACUGGCUGCCUUUACAUUUUAGUCAUAAGGUAAGGAACAUUACAUAUUGAUUUGAAAUAUUUUAUUUACGUAACAAAUGCAGACAUUACAUUCAAAUGUCAUGAACACGCUUUUUGUUUUAAUAAUUUGUAAAUAUCAUUUAUGUUAAUAAAAUACAUUUGUAUUUAAUCUUGAUCGUUUCAAUCAUAUUUGACAGAAGUUUUUCUGUUAAUCUUGGUGAAUUUUCGUCAUCUGCUGCCCCUUUGUUUUGUGGUGUCCCCAAAGGGCCAGUAUUGGGCCCUAUGUUGUUUUCUGUGUAUAUGCUGCCCUUGGUGUAUAUUUUUACUUGUUUGACAAAACAAAUGACAAAGCUCAUUUCUGUCAU